AAAUAAUUUAAACUUAAAUCAAGAUGGACACACACACACCGCCGACGCCCAGCUCGUGCACCCCGCCCAGAUCGACGCCCGAGGGCAUGGACGACAUCCAGUACCUGCUGCACCUGGAGGCGAUGCGUCGUUUCCAAGAGGACGCCCGCAAUGUUAAACGCCAGGUGGAGGAGCAAGUGCGCUCCUGGCUGGACGCCAAGUGCGAGUACCAGCGGGAGUUCGGCCGUCUGGCGAGGCUGCUCAAGUGCGGCGCCCUGCAGACGACCGUGGAUGCCCAGCGCUGCCCCGAUGUGCAGCAAAUUGCCCAGGCGUCCAAGGAUAUCGAGAGUCUGCGCAGCAAACUGAGCAGUGAUCUGCGAUCCGCCAGCCUGGACUCCCGGGAUCUUGAGCAGUGCCUGGAGCAGCUGAACACCGCCCACAAGCCACGCCCCAAUCUCCGCCGGCAGCAGCGGGAGUUCGCCCAGAACCAGGAGGCCUUCAACGCACUGCGAACUGCCGUCGAUGCGGCCGAAAACGGCAUGGAAAUGGGCAUGAUGCAGGUCAUGGAUCGCCUGGUGGCCGACCUACGCCCCCCGAGGGACAACUAACCCGUCUGUCGUCUCAAAAGUGUAUAUAUAUUUGUAGAAUAUAAAAUAAUUGAUAACAUUAAGAACGGAGAAUUGCGAAUGAGGAGUCCAAGCGAUGAGGUGUUAAUCUGUAAAGCAUUAAAAUGAUGUAUUAUGAUAGGCA